GGUGGAAUAUUGAAAGCUACUAAAAGAGAGAGAAACACACCCACACCAAAAAAGAAAUAUAUAUCUAGAGAGAGAAAGUGAUAAUAUGGGUAUGGGAUUUACACCAAAAAACAAAGAAAGCACCACCAAAAUCACCACCAACAACAAUAGUAGUAGUGAAAGUUGGGGAAUGGGUUUUCUUUUCAUAUUUUUCCCAGAAGAGGAAGAACGAGAAGAGAAAACCCCCAAUUUCUCUUUCACAAAUUCAUCAUUAUCAUCUUCGUCCUCCUCGUAUUCAUUCAAAACCAUUAAUGCAAUUCGUAAUCGUUCAAAUUCAUCUCAUCUUCUUUCCAAAGCACAAUCUACAAUUUCAAUUUGUCUACUAUUUGUUUUCAUCACUCUUCUCUUCUUCACUCUCUCAACUUUCGAACCCACAAAUUCGUUAAAUCAAAAACAAAAACCCCCAAAUUCAUCUCCUUUUUCAUAUCCAAAUGAGAAAUUGAUUUUACCACCGGCAUUGCAAGGGAUGGGUUUGUUGUAUCGAAGAGGUACGCGAGCCAUGAAUGACCUCAUUGUAGCUCAUGUAAUCGAAUCCGUAACGGAGAUCGACCUCAAAAUCUUCCUCAGGUUGCUGCACAGAUCCGGAAUCACUUCAAAAUCAGAUAUAGUAGUUAUAUUUUCGUCGAAAACGAGCUCAUUUAAUCACGCCAUUAUCGAAGAGAACAAUUCGUUUUCGAAGCUCAUCAAUGGCUACUACUACUACAACGAAGAGGAGGAGAAGAAGAAUUACAACUCGAGUUUUGACCCGAACCAGGUUGUAAAUACGGGUUUUGACCCGGCCCAGUUCGUGAUUUCGAGUAAGAAAGAGAAGGAAAGCGGAGAACCCAUAUGGGGUAAGAAAAAAAUUCGGGGUAAUGAGGAUUUUGGUAAUGUGACUGAGUCAACUCGGUUGAGUUAUGGCUCGGUAGUGGGUUUCGAUGUGGGUGAACUCGACCCGGAGAACUCGUUAUCCGGGUUUUUAGAACAUGUUCCAAUGAAUUUGAGAAGAUGGGCUUGUUACCCGAUGUUAUUGGGUCGGGUACGAAGGACUUACAAGCAUAUCCUUUUAGUAGACGUAAAGGAACAUCUCGUACUCGGUGACUCACUGAGUCAACUCAAGAAUCGUAGUCCGGAAUCUGUUAUACUAAACACAUUACCUACUCGAAAAAAGAACUCGGAGAAAAAAACCGUUAACUCGGGGAUCGUACUCGGUGGGACACGUGGAGUAAGACGAUUGGCGAACGAGAUGUUAACGGAAAUCGUUCGAGCUAUUACGCAACACAAGAAGAGAAACUCGGUGUCCGAAUCGACAUUGUUCAAUCAAAUCGUUGCGAAUGAGUUUCUGUUGAAGAAUGUGAAUUUGAUCGUAUCGGGUGAGUCAACUCAUGAACUGAGUUCACUCACUGGGUUGAUGAACUCGAAUUUGAAAUCGGGUUCGAGUUCAUUUUUCAUUUCGAAAUUUCCAAUUGUUAGGCGUGGGAAUAGUAAUUUGGAUAUUAGUUAUGUUUUUAAGAAGUAUUUGUGUUCUUCUCCUUUGGAUUCUAUAGCUUAUAGUGAUUGCUAGUAGUUAAGAGGAAAAAAAAAACAUAGGUUUAAUAUUUUUGUUGUUGUAUAUUUUGGAAAGGUUUUGUAAUAUUUUGUUCAUAAUACAAUUUGUUUUAAUAACAUUUUGAUUUUGGUGUUGAA